AGCCUGUGGCAAGCCCAUAAUUCAGUCUGUGAAAAUAAAAUCAACAGUGAAGAAAGAAAUCUCUCCUGUGGCUAAAAUCUGGCCCCUGCUCACCUCUCUGAUUGUCCCUAACUCACCAGGAGGAAACUUCAGACUCACCUGGAGUUUGGCUCCUAACCCUGGCCCUGGUUUAAAACCCAGACUGCAGCUGGAGGUGUGACGCCCCAAUUGAUUGGAAGGACCCAAACAAGAAGGAUCACAAUGGAGGAGAAUCAGUACUCAGACUUGUUUGAGCCUUCCAAAAAGCGUUGCUGCAGGCUGAGGACACAGUUUGCCUUGUUCGUGCCACUGAUGGUCGUGCUGUGGGCAGGGGUGAUGACCCUGCUCUUUCUGUGGCACUGGGACACAGUGCGGAAUCUGAAGCAGGUAGAAGAUGUUGCGGCCCAUUCUCUGAAGCAGGUAGAAGACGCUGCAGCCCAGAAUGUCUCUCUAGUUUCCAAGGACUUGCAAAAAUAUCAGAGUGAUCAGAUUGCCCAGAAACUGCAAGCUAUCCACAUGGCACAGAACAUGCAAGAACUCCAAGCUGAACAGAAGCAGAUGAAGUCACAAGACUCCCACCUGGCCUGGAAUCUGCAGAGAAUGCAAGAGGAUCUGACCCAAGCCAAAUCCUUGAGCUUGAAUGAGAGGCGCACAGUCUCCAAUUUGCUGGAGAACCUCCAGGAAGCUGUGAGGAAGCUGUGGGUGGAGAUCAGGAUGGCAAAGGGCUCUGCAUGCAGCACAUGCCCCGAGCAGUGGCUCAAUUUCCAACAGAAGUGCUACUAUUUUGGCGAGGGCACCAAACGGUGGCUCCAGGCCCGAUUCGCCUGCAGCGACCUGGAAGGGCGGCUAGUCAGCAUCCACAGCCAGGAGGAGCAGGACUUCCUGAGCAAACAUACUAGCAAGGACUCCUGGAUUGGCCUUCAGGACCUGGAUGUGGAGGGCGACUUUGUCUGGAUGGACAGGAGCCCUGUGAGCUAUAGCAACUGGCUUCGGGGGGAGCCCAACAACUCAGGCCUAGAUGAGCACUGCGUGAUGAUGCGGGCUUCUGGGCACUGGAAUGACGUGUUCUGCCGCAGCCAGCUGGAUGCCUGGGUGUGCGAGCAGCUGGCCACAUGUGGACCGCCCACCCCCUCCACCUCCGGGGGACCCACUCCCACACCCACACCCUGACCACCCUGUCUGCCCCUUCUUGGUCUUGGAUACAGCUAAACCCAGAGCAG